CCAACUAUCAAUCAUCGGUAUCAGAAGCCAUCGAUUCGCCAACUCAAUAACCCAACCCAGCUAACAAACAGUAGUUCAAAAUGGUCAACCCAAUCAGCUUUGGAGUCGUCCUGUUCGCUUUGGCCUUUGGCGUGGCCAUCGCAAGCGCGGAAGAAAAACAUCUGCAAAUCGAUGCCAAGAUAGAAGUCGUCCAGGACAUUGCGGCCUUCAAGGCAGCUCAUCCGGAGUUGGAUGUCGUCCCGUUGGAAGUUGCUCGAAGCACCCGGCAGCAGAUUGUGUACACCUUGGGCAACCGCUUGUCGGGUGAUCGUUUGGUGGGAACCAGCCAGGAUGGAACCUCGUGGUCCAGCUUGCAAGAUGUGACAUUGAACUUGCGAUAUCCUCAGGCCGGAAGUGGAGCGGUAGUCAGUUACGUCCAGGUGGUGGUAAAUCAGAGUUCGAACCAGGGCCGAGGUUACGUCGUUUCCGGUGGAAUUGGUCAACGCUACAUUCAACUGGUUAUUGAAGCAUACAGUACCAGCUACUUCCAGUACAAUGCUCAGAUUUAUGGAUAUUGAAUGUGAUCUUGGGAAGUGACGGUUUUUGUAGAAAUUUGAUGCAGACGAAAUAUAUUAUGGCAAUUCCAAUA